CGAUUACUUUAAGCUGAGUGAAUAUUUGGGAGUCUGAUCCAACCCAGAAAAUUUAUUUUUUCGAUUAAAGAUACAGCAUAUAUUAUUUAUGGCACAUACAAGUAUUUUUAAUAUACAGGAGUUACUAGAACGAAUUUUAUAUUUCUUAUUGAUAGAUAAAUCUCUCUAUUCCGCUCUAUAUGUUUCCCGAUUGUGGUACAGAUGCGGUGCCCCUAUUCUAUGGAGACGCAUUGAGCUAAAGGGGAACGAUCCCAAAGCAAAGAAAUUCAUAGAAUUAGUAUGUGGGAAGCAAAAGCCAAUUUAUAGCUCAAAACUAACCCAUCUAGAAAUUACAUACUAUAAUCCACUUUCAAGUAAGAAAAUUGAAGGCAUAGUAAGAAAAUGCCCAAACAUAAUUCAUUUGAAUUUCGAAAAUUGUGUGGGUUUUAGUAAUAGAGAAUUAAAUCAGCUUAAAGCAUACCCCAAUCUGAGAUAUCUUAAUUUAUGUAGUAGUGGUAUUAUGGGUGAUAAAGCUUUAUGUGGAAUGGUGGGAUCAUGUCGUAAAAUAGAAUAUCUAAAUAUUUCUUUCUGCCAAGGCAUUACUGAUAGAUCUUUAAUCAAAAUUGCGGACAGUUGCUAAGCUUUACAAGAGUUUCAUUUUGCUUGUGCGCAUUUGAUUUCUGAAAGAUUUAUAAGUCACAUCUUAAACUCAUGCCCAAAUUUACGAAGAUUCAGUAUUCCGGGUAGUUGUCGAAGAAAAAAUAAAUGUGAUAUAUUAGUAGAAAAACUUCUUACUGUAGAGAAACACCU